CUUAACCGUAAAGAAGCGUCAUAAAAAGACAUCCUUGCUGAAACAAAGGGUUGGCGAAUAAUUUUCCUUUUACCCCAAGGAAAGUGCUUCCAUUUUAGUAAACGAGAUAUUUAAAAAAUUUGAUAAUAUCCGAGAAGAAAAUUGCUUCUCCGUGGCCGUGUACACUGCUCGACCGGCCGGCUAAACACCUGUUGGACACCAGUUGGGUAAGAUGAAUACAAACCGUUUAUGACUUCAAACCAAAGCAUGCAACCAGACACGACUGUAAUUAAAGCAUAGGCCUUUUUAUGUCAUGGAAAACUAAAUGGUGAAUGUCAAGUGUGAGUUUGAGCGGGAAAUUGUCACUUGAUCUUCAUCUCUCUCUGGUCAAAGAGGCGAUGAGGCCACUACAUCUAUCACUUCUUAAAAUAGCAUCAUUGUUCAUGGCUGACCUAAGAGAACAUAAUCCCAACAUGGUAGAAAGUUUUGCAUCGUGUAUCCAAACUCAGUCGAGUGGAUGCUGAUUGCACAACACUCCCAUUGUCUCGCUAGUAACAUCUCAGUCAGCGGGGGUAAUGGCCACUCAGAUCAACACUGUAACGGCGAGUUUGAUAGGUCUGAUGAUGUUUUUUUUAUUCACUGCUGAGAUAUAUUAUUACUAUGGUCAUCAUAUCAAGCUCGUUAUUUCGAGAAGAUCACUCGAGAAAGGUAAAGAAUUGACGCAUUUGGAAGUCAAAUUCCCUAAAAACUACCACGCUACCGGGAGACUCUUUCUCCCUCACAGUAAGAUCGUGGAGCCGUUUGAAAUUUGGUUUACUUCAGAAUUUAACAGAAGUCGAAUUGACUACUAUUACGGCACGGACAAGACAUACCAAAGGGCAGACCUUGGCGAGUAUGGAGUGACAUUCAAAGUAGUACCAAUGUACACAGAGAGAGAUGGUAAUUAUAUCGGCUGCUGGAAGCUGGAGGGACACAAAGGAUGGCCGAUUAUACCACAACCUAUUGUACCAAACAUGACCUACUUUACGUACGCGGGCGAGGAAGUUUACAUGGGCACGCCUGUCACCAAGUGGGAAUACCGCUACCUCGUGUUUGACAUGCUGAAUACUCACACUCUCCUGGUCAGCAAGAUCGGCCCAGUCCGUCCCGUGCGGUAUGAGAUGAAGGGUUAUGACAGUCUUAUGGCGAGUUACUAUGAUAACUAUGUGUUGGAGUACAUCUCAUUUGAAGAAUGGAAACCUGACUUGGAAAAGUUUGAGUUACCAAAAGAUCAGUGGUGCUACAACUGGUCACACACUGUGGACUCGCAUUUUGUAUCAAAUCCCAUGGGUGAGUUUAUGUCUUACGGAGAAGACCUUGUGGAUGAGAUGUACCACAUUUACAAUCAACAUCAUGGCAAGGUCCAUGAUUCCAAACAUGAACACGUGAAGAGAAAGCGCAUUUUCCGCCAUAAUAUGAGGUACAUCAGAUCAAUAAACCGACAGAAUCUUACCUACAAACUGGCUCCCAACCACCUGGUGGAUCUUACUGAGGAAGAAUACGACGGGCAUGGAGGGGCCAACGAAGAUAAUAGUACUAAACAUGAGGGAGGCGUUCAUUUGGAAGAACAUGAAGCCCAUAAUAGGAUGACGUCGGCACCAAAGGCUACUGAGAUUCCAGAUGAGUUGGACUGGAGAGAUUUCGGUGCAGUAACACCAGUUCGGGGCCAAGGGAUCUGUGGUUCGUGUUACGCCUUAGGAGCCGUGGGAACCGUGGAGGGAGCAUAUUUCCUGAAAACAGGUCGACUUCUUGAACUGUCUGCACAGCAGAUAGUUGAUUGCUCCUGGGGGUCUGGGAACCACGGCUGCAGGGGAGGCUGGUAUAACAAAGCACUCAGUUGGAUUUAUCUGCAUGGAGUAGCGAAGGCAGAGAAUUACGGGCCUUACUUAGCUCAGGAAGGAACGUGCGAGACGAUUGGACUCAGAGAAAGGAUCAAAAUCAACGCCUUUGCCUUUAUCCCUAAGUACAAUAACAGUGCACUCAAAAGAGCCAUUGCCAAGUAUGGUCCUGUCUGUGUGUCCAUCAAUCAAAAGCCCCUUUCUCUGAAGUUUUACAGCUGGGGAGUCUACGAUAACCCCGAGUGUGAUAACAGCUCUACACUUCACACGGUUCUGGUGGUUGGUUAUGGAAAAGAGAAUGGAGUUCCUUAUUGGUUGGUAAAAAACUCGUGGUCCAAGACCUGGGGAAUUGAUGGUUACAUCAAAAUGGCCUGGAAAGGCAACAUUUGUGGAGUUACAAAGAAUCCUGUGGUGGCAAUAAUGAAUCACACUACUUUUCAGUUUCCUGUCAAGGAAAAAAUUAGUAACUCUCAUCCAUUGAAUCCUAAGUCUAUGGGAAGGAAAAUACAUGCAAGGCAUAGGCCAGGUUACCGUAAAAACACUAGUGGAGCUAGAAGCAAGUCGAUCUCGUCUGGUGAUAAACGCAAUAGGGAAAGAGUGACUUCUGUUUCAACUGAGGACUACUUAGAACCCAAAGACGGGAAAAACAAAGAAAAAUCUGUUGAGGUUAUGAAAUCUACGAGAACUUCAAACAGAAAUAAAUCAACUGAACUAAAAGUAGAUAAGAAUGUAAAGGAAAUGGUUGAGUUGAACAGAACAAUUGAUUCAAAACAGGAGGAAUUAUUAUCGGAGAGCGUAGAUAAAAGCACAAGAGAGAGUACCAACAUGGAUAUUUCACCACCUACCUCAAAGACACACAAACUUUUUUCAGAAAAAGAGGACAAAAAUUCGGAUAGGACUUUAGAGAUUAGCAACUCACCAGUAAUUUUGGAAAAUGAUUUUCACGAGGGCUACGAUGUUUCUAGAAGAGAGUAUUUUUCACCCUUUAAUAAUCGUGACUCGGCUUAUAAAUAUCCAGAGGAGAAAGACGAGUGGAUUCAAGGGAAAACCUACACCGAGCCAAGAUAUUUCAUCCCCUCAUAUGGAUACACUGCAUAUAAUUCGUAUCCAGUGGAGUUGGCUACACCCUAUGAUGAAAGUUAUGAAUUGGGGAGCGAUAAAGAUACGUGGUACCCUAGCAACAGGAAUCAGUGGCAUCUUAGCAACAACGCCGCUCCAGGAAUUGAUACUACAAACAAUAAAAUGCAGAAUGAUAUAGAGACCUUACCACCUCAAUUGGUAACAAAAACACACGAACCAUUAAAUGCAGAAGAUCAAGGCAUGAUUAGAACAGAAAUAAAAUCAAAUGCUUCAACAAUAACUACAGCAGCUACAGCAACAGCAACAACGAAGAGAAAGAAGCAACUUAAAAGCCGACCACGCCCAGUCAAACCUGCCAGCCAUUAUACUGGUAAAUUACAAGAAAUUUAUGAUAAACUUGAAAGGGUCAUUGCAUCCAGCCUGAAAAAGAACGCAAGACUCCGUGGUCAACGAUAGUGUUUUUACGCUCGCUACUUCAGACGAAAUUUGGUUUUGCGUAUCCUGAGUAAAUUCUUCCUUCCUUUUUUUCACGUGUUUCUUUUACAGUACCUUUUGAUUUCUCCUUCAUCACUCAUCUCUACUCCCUAUUGGGUUAUUUUGUAGUCUUUCGGAGUUUUCCUUCUCACGGAGCUAAUACUUUGUGUCCUACUUCAAGUUCAAGGUAGUUUCGCAGGUUCCUACAAACGAAUCAAAACGUUUUCAAUUCGCUCCUGUAGCAAAAACAUGAAUGAUAACCAACAAAUCAACCCAACAAUUCCUGGCUGAAAAAUACUAGACACAACAAUUACCAAUUAUCAGAUGAAACCGACUGAGCAGUAUAUUGCUGCCUACACGAGAACUGACCAGGCUAUAAAUGGCGGCCAGAAAUGCUCUUGUAAUUCAUUAAGAAAACUGACCAGUUUGUUUUAAAUGUAACAGUGUGAUCUCAGUUGCGUGAAUGUUUAGUGAAUGUUUAGAGUCUUAAAAGCACAUAAUUUCUAUAUUUUUUCUCAUCUUAAUUUAUUUAAACCUAUCAAAUGUGUAUAAUAAGGGAACAA